UUGGCUCGCAGCUGCUGCUGCUCACCGGCGACUCCCGCUCUCCUUUUGCUAAAGAGCCUGGUUUAUUUCUCUCUCUCCAACAGCAGCAGCAGGGACCUCCCCUGCUCCCCGCCCUACUAAGUCGGGAAGCGCACGCUUCCUACUCUCACUGGAGACGCCGGCGAGGGAGCGCGAGCAGGGCUCCCCCGAUGGUCUGAGGGGCGCCGGAAGCCGGCGAGCGGCGCCCCAGCGACUCGCCCCCCUCUCGGCUGAGAGCGGGCGCGGAUGAGGCGCUGCUGGGGAGGAUGCCCCGCUCUUGCCCCCGGGGCAGCAACUUCCCGCCCAGGGAGCCCUUGCUGGAGCCGGCGCGCUCGCAACUUCAUGCCCCGAGAGAAGCCCGCGCUAGCAGCAGCAGCUACCCAGGCGCCCUCAGUCUGCCUCUCCCUCCUCUGGAGGCUCCCGGCCGCUUUCGCGCCUUUGCCGAGCCGCUUUUCCCGCCAGUCUCGAGGCUGGGCCGGCGCUGAGGGGGAAGCGGGAGCCCGGCAUGCGGAGUCUCCCCUCACACCAUGAGAUACAGCCGGCGGAGGUGCCACAACAGCAGAGACACCGCCGCUAGCAGCAGCAGCAGCCCCGGUCGAGAAGCGGAGCCGCAGCCGCCUUCUCCCGCCGCUUUGGCGUGCGCCACGGAGACUUGGUCCGGAGACCUCUGGCACGAGUGGAAGAGCAGCAGCGGCGGCGGCCACGGGGAAAGUGGCCGCCGUAGCAAGCUCUGCAGCGGCGCACAGGUCGCCACCGCGGACAGCAGCAGCAGCAGCAGCAUCUGGCGCGUGCUGGCGGCGCGCGCCCACCUCUCCCAGUACAGGCACUUCAGGAAAAGCUGCUUAGACAAUCUAAUGGAUGAGGAUGAAAAAGACAGGGCAAAGAGGGCUUCACGAAACAAGUCUGAGAAGAAGAGACGUGACCAGUUCAAUAUUCUUAUCAAGGAGCUCAGCUCAAUGCUUCCAGGAAACACCCGCAAAAUGGACAAAACUACAGUACUUGAAAAAGUCAUUGGCUUUCUUCAGAAACACAAUGAAUUCUCGACACAAACAGAGAUUUGUAACACUCAGCAGGAAUGGAAGCCUUCCUUUCUCAGCAACGAAGAAUUCACCCAGCUGAUGUUAGAGGCAUUAGAUGGUUUUGUAAUAGCUGUUACAACAGAUGGAAGCAUUGUGUAUGUUUCUGACAGUAUCACACCUCUUCUUGGACAUUUACCCUCUGACGUGAUGGAUCAGAACCUGUUGAAUUUCCUCCCAGAGCAAGAACAUUCAGACAUUUAUAAAAUAUUAUCAUCUCACAUGCUACUGAUGGAUACUGUCUCAUCAGAGUACUUAAAAUCUGACGAAGAUUUGGAAUUUUGCUGUCAUCUUCUGAGGGGAAGUCUGAACCCAAAGGAAUAUCCAACAUACGAAUAUAUAAAAUUUGUAGGGAACUUUCUGUCUUACAGUCAUGUGCCUAUAUCUCCUUGUAAUGGCUUUGAUGGUGCUGUUCCAAGAGGUUACAGAACACCACUAGGAAAACAAGUCUGCUUUGUCGCUACUGUUCGACUGGCAACACCUCAGUUUCUAAAGGAAAUGUGCAUCGCUGAAGAACCUUUAGAGGAAUUCACUUCAAGACACAGUUUGGAAUGGAAAUUUUUGUUUCUGGAUCACAGAGCACCACCGAUUAUAGGAUAUUUGCCUUUUGAAGUGCUGGGAACUUCUGGAUAUGAUUACUAUCAUAUAGAUGACCUUCAGCUCUUGGCACGCUGCCACGAACACUUAAUGCAGUUUGGCAAAGGGAAGUCUUGCUGCUACCGGUUUCUGACCAAAGGACAGCAGUGGAUCUGGCUGCAAACACACUAUUAUAUCACCUAUCACCAGUGGAACUCCAAACCAGAAUUCAUCGUAUGCACCCACACGGUAGUAAGUUAUGCAGAUGUUCGAGUGGAAAGGCGACAGAAUAUGAUUUUGGAAAAUGCACCUUCAGAGAUCAUCUCUUCAGUACUAAAGGACAGUGGAUCAGAACUGGAUCCUCAACAGCACUUUAACGCUCUUGAAUUAGACACGUCAAUCCUCGACACCAGUCGGACUCUUUCUGUAUCCUCUCAGGGCUCACACAAAUCUUUGCCUACAUCCUUGCCUGACACAGCAUCCACAAGAGCAAAGCUCAUCCCAGAGUCUCCCUCCCUGCAAAGAAGUCCCACUAUGCAGGAGGACUUGCAGAGAUCUAGCCAACCUGCCGCUUCUCAGCUCUCAUCCCAGUUUAACAUGUUCCAAACUAUCAAAGACCAGCUUGAGCAGAGGACUCGAAUACUGCAAGCCAAUAUUCAGUGGCAGCAGGAAGAGCUGCAGAAAAUCCAGGAACAGCUGUGCAUCGUGCAGGAUUCCAACAUACAGAUGUUUUUACAGCAGCCAACAGCACCUCUGAAUUUCAGUGACAUGCCGCAGCCAGAACCUCAGGGGAAGCCAGCGGUUGAGUCUCAGCAGCAAGUUUUGCCGAGGCCUUCGAGGCCUUGUCUCCAAGAGCAGAUUGUGGCUCCUCAAGCAACAGACCAUCAAAUGUUAGGAGAAGAAAAUGUGUUAUCAAACCAGGAUCAGAAAUCAGCAAGAGCCUCACAAGGAAUGCAGGAUAGCUGUCAAUCUUCCAGAAGCUUAACCUCACAGUUUAGCAAUGCCUCUGUGCUCCCACAGUCUUUGAGCAGAGCUCCACCUGAUGCCAUUCUACAGGAUAACAGCCACCAGCAGAGCACUCCAGAUUUCAGUAAUGAUCGACAACUGAGACUGUUACUCAGUCAGCCUAUUCAGCCAAUGAUGCCUGGUUCCUGCCAUGCGAGGCAGACAACAGAUGUUGAUGUGACUGGACACGAAGCUAAAUACUUUCAAAGCCUACAAGUGUUCCAAAGUUUGGAAGAGCAAACCUCUGGAAGCAGUACAGCUACAGUGCUGAUGGGACAAGCAGUGUUGCCCCCUGGGUUCUCUGCAGCACAGCCAUCUCAGCCUCCAACUUUGCAACCUAUGCAUCAGCACCAGCACCAGCAGCAAGGCUACCUUCAGGUAGAGUCUGCAGGCCCUUUGCACAGUGAGCAGGCAGAUUCUUUGCUCUUACCUUCCUACCCUCGACAGGAAGAAAGCGUAGAGUUCCAUCAUAUGCAGUCACAGCAACAGCAGCCAGAACCUGCUGCCAGGAGGACUGUCGGUUUGCCUGAAUCCUCAAACAUGCAACAACAUCUGCAGUAGAAUCUGCUGUAACAAUCAGUACACAUUUAGCUUUAUUGAAUGGUGGGUGGCUGGGCAGGAGGGAAGCCAGCAUUUGCAUAUGUGUUCAUUUCAGAGUUUUGUGAUGUAAAGAGAUUACCAAGCACAGACCUUGGUGGAUAGUGCAAUAGGAAAGGAACGGGAAUUAUUUUGCAGAUGUUUGCACUAUUUUGUGACUACAUUAUGUAUAUUAAUACUAAUACAUACCAUCAUGUGCAAACUGGUAUGUGUUGGUAGACGAUUCUUCUGACUAUUUUGACCAGAAAGUAUUCUGGCUAUUCCAAAAAAAAAAAAAAAGUGGGUACGAGUUACUUGGCCUUCACUAUUUUGAUCUUUUGAAUAUGAAAAGCACUGGUUCAGAGAAAAUCUAUUGAGAGAAUGAGAGAUUAUUUUUAUUAAUAUUAUUAUUAUUUUGCACAACUGCACAAAAGGCAUAACCUAGCACUUUCGGUGAAUAAAAGUUUGUUCUGGUGGCCAGAUAAGCACUUCCAGUGAGAGAGAGAACAUGUUGUCCUUUAUUUAAAUAAAAAGCACCCUGCAGUUUAUAGACCUUGGACUCAUAACCUGAAAGUAUUAAACUUGUUACCUCUCCCUCUUGCUAUUUCUAAUGUUUCAAAGAAAUUACACUGGACAUUUUCCUAUUUACUUAGUGAACUACAAUUGUAAACAGUGAACCGAAGCACAAUCAUGCAGCUAUUAUUCCAAUGUACUAGUCGUGCUCUUUAAACACUUUGAAGAGAAUCUUUUCUACUAACUGAACAGCCCCCUCACAACUGUUCAUAGAACAAACACCUGAAGAAUAUGCACUGUGUUACAGCCCAUUAAGUGGAAAAAUGCUGCAACUAUAUUACAUAUCUUUCAUUACUACGUUUAGGUUUGACUUUUCCUCCAAAGCGUUGCACUUUUGUAUGCUUUAUGUUGAUGUUUCUAAAAAAAAAGAUUUUAUGUAAUUAUUCAAUAUGUAGCGUAUAAAGAAGUUGUUGUAAACAAAACAAAACCCCAACCUUGACCUAUUUCUAUAUAAAAUAAAAUUAUAUGGGAUUA